AAGGAACAUAUUACUUUACAUAUUCAAUUAUUCAUUGACUGGUAAUAGGAGUCAAUGAAGGUGCACACAACACUGCAAUCCGCUGUGCAUAUGCCACGCAAGACUGAGGAUGCACUGGCGCACUAUGACUAAUACAAUGUGUGAGGAUCUGAAGCUCAUAGAAAGGUAGAACGUGUAACUGCAGAGAGAGAAUACUUUGCUAUGUUUUCAGCUGCCACCAAGAACUUUGUUAAACAAGUGGGAGAUGGAGGGAGGCUGAUCCCUGUCCCCAGCCUCAGUGAAGCAGACAAAUACCAACCACUGAGCCUGGUCAUCAAGAAGAAACGCUGUUUCCUAUCCAGAAAGAGCAAGUAUAUCUCAACCCCAUUUUCGCUGAAGGAUAUUCUUGAUGGAGACAAGGAAAUUUCGGCAGGUGUAAGUUCUUACCAGCUGCUCAACUAUGAAGAUAAAUCAGACGUGUCUUUGGACAGAAGACAUGGAAAUCAGAUCAUGAAUGAUGUCGGAAUAAAUAUCUAUGGAUCUGAUUCUCUUGCUGUUAAAGCUUCUUUUGGUGUUGUAACCAAGCAUGAAGUUGAAGUCCCAACAUUACUUAAAGAACUUAUAUCCAGAACUAUUGACUUAGAACAUUGCUUAGUUCGUCAAGCAAGAGAAAAUGGCAAGGAGGUUUUAUGUGUUGUCAUGGAAAGUAUCCGCACAACGCGUCAGUGUGCUCUGACUGUCCAUGCUGGUAUGCGGGGAGAAGCUAUGAGAUUUCAUUUAAUUGAUGACAAAAACCAUAAAGGACGUGACAAAGCUAUUGUAUUCCCAGCCCAUACAACCAUAGCGUUUAGUAUUUUUGAUCUUUACAUUCAUCUGGAUGGCCAUUUUGAACUAUGUGUAUCAUCUGCAUCAAGAGGUGGAUUUGAGAAGGUACGCACAAGAUCAUUCUCAUUCAAUGCCCUGAGGAACCGUUUAUAUCGAACAGGCAUCUUAUUUACCGGAAAAAGGACAAUGGACAUCAUGGUUAACUCAGACUCGUACUAUGAUGACAUAUUUUCUGACUACUAUGACAAGGCUGCCAGCAUGACUGACAUCUCUACCACCUACAUGAGAGAAGGCACUCAUACUCGUGUAAACCUGCUGAAUAAUAACAUCCCCAAGGGACCCUGUGCCUUGUGCGGAAUGGGCAACUCCAAAAGAGAGACAGUUUACGGCUGCUUUGAGUGUUCUUUUAAUGGGCAAAAGUACGUCAGGCUCCAUGCAGUUCCUUGCUUUGAUCUCUGGCAUAAAAGGCUUAAGUGAAAGAUGCAUGUGACACAAUGGUGCUUCUUGGUUAUAACUCAGGUAUAACGGUGCCACAGACCUCAUCUCAUAUAUACAAAGUGGACUCUGACCUAAAAGACUGGUUUAAAAGUAACUUGUUUGUCUCAGAACAAAGCUAUGUAAUGAAUAGUAACUCUACAGGCCAAUAACCAGUGUCAAAUGUAUUCAAAUGUCAAAUCAUGCAAAAAUACAUAGAAGGCCUGUUUCACACAGGCUUAAGCUUGUAUAAGAGCAGUGUGAACAUCAAACUUUGACAAAGCAUUUGCAGAGCUUUCACCAAGUUUUGUUGAAGCUUUUAAAGCACCUUUCAACUCCAGUCUGCAUAUGUUGAACAGAAAUCCUAAAGGAGCCUUGCUGAGCUGAAUCGCCUCCUUGGAAAACUGGAGGUUGUUUUGAAGGUUCUCCUGGACCUGGAGGGAUGGCGGAGUGAGUGGAAUCUUCUGUUUCCCCAUCUCCUUACCUCCCUCCUCUCCCUCCCCCCCCUCCUUUUUGUUUCCAACUUUCUCUUUUCUUCCACUUUUCUCCUCUUUCUUUUCGUCUUCUUCCCCUUGUGCUACCUUCUUUGUUUCUUCAUGCUGACGGUGUAUGAUUUCUUUGCCAUUUUUCAGAGAAUAUGAAUGAUAAUACGAAAACAUUUCUUUCACUUAUGGUUAGUGUUUGGCU